GAAAAAAAAUGGACCACAGAUUGUUUGAUGCAGCUCGUUCGGGAGACAUAACAACACUUCAGUUGCUACUUCAAGAAGAUCCACUUCUUCUCGAACGUUUCUCUAUGUCUUCUCUAGAGAAUCCUCUCCAUGUCUCAGCUUUCUCCGGCCAAGCCGACUUCACGGCAGAAAUCUUGCGUCACAAGCAAGAUUUAGCUCUGGAGCCGAACCAACAAGGUUUUAGUCCUCUUCAUAUUGCUUCAGCCUUAGGGAAGUUAGAAGUUGUGAGAGCUCUCCUUAGUGUCGGCUCGAAACAUGUUCUCUGCCGCUUGAAGGACAAAGACGAGUCGCUUCCUCUUCACUGCGCGGUGCAGAGAGGAAGAAUCCAGGUUGUAAAAGAGCUUGUGUCGUCUUUUCCUGAGUCUCUCAAGGAAGUAAAUGCUUCUCUUGAGACACCGCUUCAUGUUGCUGUUAAGAACAACCAGGUGGAAGCUACAAAGCUGUUGCUGGAAGAGAUCAAGAAGCGUGACAUGUCACCAGUGAUUGUUAACAUGGAAAAUCGAGAAGGCAAUACAGUCUUGCAUCUUGCAACACUUGGGAAACAGCUUCAGGCAAGUUUGAUUGUGGAGAUGUUGAUUGGUGACAAUGCAAUCCUCCCGGGAUCGGUAGAUGUAAACAGACAAAACAAAAACUGGUUAACACCAAAGGACAUACUCGACGUGGUUAUUGAAACCGAAGGAGGGAGUGUUUCUGAAAUGUACAGAAUUGUUCAAAUCUUUCAAACAGCUUCAGCAAAGAACGCACGUAACGAACGUCAACGGCUUAAACAUAGUCAUCCUACUAGAAACCCUAUUCGUAUGAUAAAAAAUCAUAUAAACAACGAGAUUAAUAAUUCAACAAGCGAACAACGAGAAACACUAAUGAUUGUUGCAACACUCAUAGCAACACUUACAUUCACUGGAGUUCUUCAGCCACCAGGAGCUUUCAAGAGUGAAGACGCUAACGGUGGUUCACAGAACAACAACCCAACAAACACAACAAGGACAUCACUAGGCAGAACUUUGGAUAACAUUUUCGGACAAAGGAACAGCACUGCAGGACAAGCGAUCAUGGCGGAUAGACGAGUUCACUUCACUCUUUACUCUGCCUUUAACGCGAUUGGGUUCUUGGUUUCGGUCGCAAUGAUCUCUCAGCUUACUAAAGGGUUCCCUCUCAGAAACUGGAUGAGGCUUUGCAUUAUUUCAGCUUUGUCUACUUAUUGUCUUGCUAUUGUCUACAUAGCACCAGAUGAGGAUGUGUUUUGGGUCGUGGUUCUAGCCGCAGCGUUGGUUUUGGUUCUUCGUGAGCUUUAUUUCUUUUUCAAAUCGUUGGUCAAUGGGAUUAAGGCUGCCACGAAUGAAAAUUCUUCUUCUUAACUGAUCACAUCCUUUAGUUGUUUUCUCUAUCUCAUGUUAGCUUCUGUGUUUUUU